UCUAUGAGCUGGGUGUGAAAAGCUGUUUGCAACAUCGGUCUCCCUCUCCAGAUCUUUAUUUGUACGUGGUUGGCUUUAGCGGAUAGGACCGCGGGCCAGUGUGCUCAGCGCUGUCGGUUCUAUGUUGUUAUUUUUGUUCUGCUUAGAUGGAUCGCCGCUGUCCAGCUUUUGACGGUCGGAUAAAUCGAGCCGCUAAGUCGUUGAGUUAGACUGUGUUGUUCUUUGGCGCGUGGCCUGCAGAGAGGCUUAUCGGCAAUGCCUGUCUCGAUACGGACGGGGUCAUCGAUUCGACUUCCGUUCGUUCCAGCACGUGUCAAAUUUAUUCUUCUCGCCUGUGGCAGUGCCAUCCUUGUUGUGGGGGUAACGACUCGUCUAUGGCUGAGAUGGCGACGUGGGAAAGAUGCUCACGCAAAUGGAGGGCCAAUGUCAGAACUUCGGACAAAGCUCUAUUCCUUUCGCGGACUAAAUGGCGAUAUACCUCAGCUACGCAGCAUGCCAUCGCCGUUAUGCGUACGUUGCCGACAGUCACGUGAGGCUGAUCGAGUGUCCACAGCUACCCUCGGCAGUUCAGGAAGGGGUAGUGCCGCAGGAGGGUUCAGUGGAGCGGGCGGUGGCACUGGCAAUCUGGUCGAAUCCCGCACCCAAGAACUGAGUCCUCAGCAGCUCGGCGUAAUGGGGAUGGAAGCGUUGGAUACAGCAAUUCACUACUGGGAUGACUCGAUCGGCGUCUUUCAGUCUCUGCCCGUGGGGCAAGCCGCCAACCAUGUGAUGGCUCUGCCGACAAAUGCUGAGGCUGAGUUUGUGGCGCAGCUGCAAAUUGUCAUGAAACAAGCUUUCAAACUUCGUGAUAACUGUGCAAAACUUUUUUUGGAUAAUACCUCUCUAUUGUUCCAAAUUAGCGAUGACAAUCGAAGUUCUAUUGCCGGUGGAUAUAGCAGGGACUAUGACAGAUUUGAUGCUCGUACUGUGACGAGCUUUGAUGACGAAAGCUUCGUCUCUGCUGAAGGGGAUAUCGCAAACCUGAGAGAUUUCGAAGAAGCUCUCAAUCCCGACGACCUAAAACUGUAUCAGAAUGCACUUCAAAUGCUUAAGCUCGAUGGUGUUCCUGCGCGUGCUAUUCGUACUCAGCUGGUUGGAUGCCAAUCAGACGAAGAAUAUUUGGCAAAACUGCAUUGUGUUCGGUUAGCCUUUGCCCAUUUGACAAGUCAGCCUGCCAUCCGAGAAAUGUACGUAGAUGCAGGGUCGCAGAUUCUCGCUGGUCUACUUGUCUAUGCUGAGAAGGACCCGAAAUUCUGUCUCGAAGCGUAUGCCAAACUCAUCGAGUGGGUCGGUCAACCCACAAACCGCGAUGUCAUGGAGCAGGAGCUGCGUGCGCGCGGGGUUACUGCGCUGACGAUCUAUGAUGUCGUGUUCGAUUUUUUACUCAUCGAAGCGUUCGACGACUUGGACGAUCCUCCACAGUCUGUUGUGUCCGUUAUUCAAAACAGAUGGCUUUCCGCCGGCUUUCGCGAGACGGCGUUGUCCACUGCUAUCUGGUCGGUCAUCAAGGCCAAGAAGAGCAGAGUAAAGGUCGAUAAUGGAUUUUUCACGCAUUUCUACGGCGUAGCAGAGAACCUGACUCCUGUUCUGGCCUGGGGCUUCCUUGGCACCAACCAGGAUCUAAAAAAGACCUGCCUCUUCUUUAAGCAAGAAGUGAUGAACUUGAUGUUGGAACUAUUUGAUUUCCGCAAAGUUCGUUACACUUCUGUCGAAGAGAUGGCGGAAGACGUCUAUGGACUGUCGCAACUCACCGUGGAUAGGAUCGCGCAGAGGCUCGGUAUCUGAACGCGCAAACGGUUGCAGAACAAAAAACUGGGGCGGAACGUUUUGAACAUAACGCUUAGCUUUGCCCGAUCAUUUCUGUCACUAGAAGACAAGAUGGCAUUUCAAUGGAGACAGGCAAUUGCUGGGACGUUUAUGUACAAUACAAAUACUUGCUGUAAAAAUAAUAGUAAUAAUACGUUGUCAUUGUCUACAAUGAACAGUAAUGUUGCUUCGCAAUGCUGUUACUUCUCACAAAAAAACGUGCGCAUAAUUGUUACUGCUUUGCCUAUUUAGGAAGUAUAAUACCGUAUGUUGACGUUACAGCGUUGAUGCGGUUAUGAUUGGCUUACGUAUCUAUUGUUGGUAACUCUGGGAUUGAUUGACUCACAUAUAUAUAUAUAUAUACUCAGCCAAUCUUGAACGCGUAUCCGAUUUCGUCUCGAGGAAAAAGAAAUGAAGGAAUGCCGUCUAAAUACAUUGUGGUCAUUCCUGCCCCGUGUUGUGCAGCAGCUGUCACAAAUUUAGGAUUUAGGAGUCUUUGACUGACCUGAGCAGAACCAGGGUGGCCCGGUAUAUAUGCUUGCUAAGCAGGAUACAAUUACUGCAAAUAAAUCACUACUUUGUUUUAAAAAAAUCUGCUGUAUAAGACGUAAAGUCUCUCUAAAGAAAAAAAUAUUUGCGCUCCAUCCUAUAUAAUUGGAAUAGCGUAAAAGACGUGUGCACGCCUUUCAGUGUUUAGAAAAACUAACAGUUCUAGACAUUUCUUCUAUGUGAUAUAGUUGCUUCUAUAACACUUUUCUUUAACCGUGCUUUUCGACUGUCAGUAAUGUGUGAAAAUGCGCUAGGAAUAGUUAAGAUUAAACAAACCUAUCCAACAUUUUAUCGGUGCUACUUUGUCGAUAAUUUUGUCAUUCUGAUUUCUUAAAGCUCAAGAUCUCUUAGGGGAGCUGAAUUACGCUUCAUUUUACGAAUAGACUAUUACGAAGAAAACUAAAGCAACUGUGUAACCACUUAUUUUCUUACAAAUGCAUGAUUUCUUAAGAAAAGGAUGGAAAAGCUGGGGACACUUGUAAAUAGAAUUCCUACUGCUUGUAGUAUAUAUACAUGUAAGUGAACACAUGUGAUUGUUGUCUUGUUAACUAGCGUAUUUCGAUCAAUCGGGGAUAAUUUAUUAGUAUGGGAUAACUGAAUGCAUUACCUGUUGUUAUGUCUUUGAUAUAAUAAAACUUUCACUGACUUAUCCUGUAAUAUUUGAGUGUUGCAGUUCAUUAUCUAAAUAUACAUAUAGGAUGAACCAUGUGUAGACAGUGGUAAUCUUUAUCUGACAGUGUCCUCUAAUCAACGGUUGAUGAGCAGGUCGCACACCACCUUAAAGCACAUAUCUAUAACCAGUACAAAUAAUGAAGAUAGUGCAUUUGCCCUUUUUAAAUUGCAACAACUGAAUCAUUAUGAUACCAUUCUAAAAUCAUCCGGAGACAAAUAAAAGGCAAGGCAAUAGUACCCCAUGUUUUAUUCUACAUUUUGUGGCUAUCUUCUAUUCGAUAUUAGCUUCGUCAGCGGUAAAAUGGGGUCCCUAGAUGAGUUACUUUCUAGAAUAUUUUAUACCGCAUUUUAUGAACAGCUGGU